AUGUGGCCCGAGAUGGCAUCCGAUGAUCAGGAUAAGCAUCUUCCAACCCUCGCGCCGGGCCCACGAGGCCCCAUUACGCUGAACAGCACCACCGUAUCCCGGCCAAAGAAGAUCUCCACGGCGUGCUUACCAUGUAAGCAGGCGAAAAGAAAGUGCAGCGGCCGACCACCACCCUGUACAUCCUGCAAGAUCACGGAUGCCGAAUGCGUCUUCGAUGAGUCCCUAGACCUAAGGCGCAAGGUCGCGGCUAAACGAAACCUUGAAGAGUUGUCCUAUUACCGAAGCUUGCUAUUCGCUCUCCUUGAGUCACUUCGCGAUUCAGAUGACACCGAAUUAAACAAAAUCCUGGAUCACAUACGCGGUUCUCCGUCGCUGAACAGCAUUGCUGCCAUCGUGGCAGGGCCGACCAUAGACCCAAGCGAUGUCAGUUMCGAGGACCUCAAAGGUGGUUCUGACGAGUCCAGCUCUCAAGCUGGCUCGCAGGAACCCGCAUACCUCGAUAUUCACUCUCGAAUAACCUUGGAGAAGCUUUGUGAUAUCCCUUUAGUCCAGGUCCCUGCUAAGCCUUGGACAGUCGUCACCGAUGACGGUCAACUUGUUUCGCAUUUGGUCUCUUUAUACUUUACCUGGGACAAUCCACUAGUGCAGAUCGUAGAUCAGAAGGUCUUUCUGGAGCAUAUGAAAGCAGGGAAGACGGACUCGGAGUUCUGUACGCCGUUACUGGUGAACAGUGUUCUGGCCAUGGCAAGUCUGUACUCUGAUUUCCCUGAUGUCUUUGCUGUUCCCUCAGAAGUGGCUUCGCGCGGCCGGCAUUUCUUGACGGAAGCAGAGAGACUUUGGAGAGCCGAAGAAGGCCAAGCUUCGCUGGCGAAUAUCCAGGCGGUAGUCCUGAUGAGUUAUGUUUUGAAAUCUCAAGGGAAGGGUCAACUUGGCUGGCUCAUGCUUAAGCAAGGUGUGCAACUUGCCCAAGACUUUGGGCUCUUCCAGAUAUCAAGAGCACUGCCUCAUAGAAGGUGUUCUGCCCAAUCUCAGCGUGUUGCAGCAAUCACUGCAUGGGGAAUUUAUAUCAUGAACUCGCAUGUAUCUAUGGAACUACAGAGAGUGCCGGCCUUAAAACAUCCCGACUCCAACCUGUCCAGCGAGGAAGAAGCUACCGACAAAACCAUGUGGAGCCCAUACCCUCUUACGAACAGACUUGACUAUGUCAAAAAACCGGCCCGUCUUCGUUAUGCCACGCGGAAGCUGGCCGACCUAACGGUGAUUACGGUGGACAUCCAAGAGCUGUUGUUUGAAAAGGUGUUCGAAAUAACCGUCGAGCGACUCUGGGCAGCUGCGAGGGUGUUCUUUUCGCGCUUAGAAACGUGGCUCGUGGAUCUGAAGGGCGCUACGGAAGAUGAAGAUCAGUUUAUGCCACACUUCUCGUUCCUGCGGAUCAAGUGUCACCAAACGAUCAUGUCGAUGUUCAGCUUUCUUUUGGAGCACAUGAUGCCUGAACAAGCACAAAACUCACCAGAGAUCCAAGAAGCGACUAAGAUUCGACUUCGGGCUGCGAAAGAAAUCGGUUGUUGUCUGCGUCAGCAGCGCCAGACUUACGGUCUCGAACAGAUUCCACGGUACCUGCUCGACGCUAUAAAUAGCAGUUGUCUUAUUUUGCUCACCGACUUGUGCGAUGAGGAAUCGCAAGGAUUAUUUGCUGAGACGUGUCGGUAUCUAGUCGCGUUGAAGAGGAGACUGACGAAGGUGGAGGAGAUGAUCCUGAGAAUUGAGUCUCUCGUGGGCGCUGAUACCUUCGCAAGGGCCGCUGGUUACUCGCGUUAG